CAUAAAGCCUAACAAGUGAGAUCUUAGUGCUUACCUAGUUCUGUUGAGCUUUGCUUGUUUUGGUUGGGGAAUGGUAAGGAGGAAGGAGUGAUGGAUUUCUGGCCGGAGUUUCUUGCAAGCAGUUGGGGGAAAGAGUUUGUGGCCGGAGGAUUUGGGGGAACAGCCGGUAUCAUAGCUGGUUAUCCCCUCGACACAAUCAGAAUCCGGCAGCAGCAAUCAGGAGCAGGAGGUUCGGCUUACAGCAUCCUACGUGGGGUUGUUGGCUCUGAAGGUCCCCGGGCACUCUACAGGGGCAUGGCUGCUCCCCUUGCCUCUGUCACCUUUCAGAAUGCCAUGGUUUUCCAGAUCUAUGCACUACUCUCAAGGGCAUUUGACAAGAACAUUCCAGCUAGUGAUCCGCCCUCAUACAAAGGAGUUGCAUUAGGUGGAGUUGGAACAGGAGCCAUUCAGAGCCUAAUCCUCAGUCCUGUUGAACUAGUGAAAAUCCGCCUCCAGUUGCAGAAGAAUAUCCAUGAGACAAAUGUUCAAUCAGUUGGUCACAAAGGUCCAGUAGAUGUUGCCAGACAAAUAUUUAGGCAAGAAGGUUGGAAAGGAAUAUACCGUGGACUUACCAUCACCAUUCUCAGAGAUGCACCAGCUCACGGCUGGUACUUUUGGACGUACGAGUACAUGAGAGAGCAACUCCAUCCUGGCUGCCGAAAGAAUGGCCAAGAAAACUUCAACACAAUGCUUAUAGCAGGUGGCUUUGCAGGGGUUGUUAGCUGGAUAAGCUGCUAUCCCCUUGAUGUGAUCAAAACCAGACUCCAGGCUCAAUCAGAGUCUACACCAUUAAGAUACAACGGCAUUGUUGAUUGCUUCAGGAGAAUUUUGAAAGAAGAGGGACACAAGGUGCUCUGGCGAGGCCUGGGAACCGCAGUUGCAAGAGCAUUCAUAGUGAAUGGUGCUGUAUUUACAGCAUAUGAAAGUGCUCUGAGGUGCAUCUCUAACAACAACAAUCAUGAAACAAUCUAUACAGACAACACACCAUAAUAUAGGAUUAAACCCCUGUUUGUUGUCCAUUAAUAGAUCAGUGAGCACCAAGCAUAUAGAAAACAGUAUUAUAAAUAGAUGCCUAGUGGUAUUUCUUAGCAGAUUCUUCAGUACUAGACAUUACAGCAUAUAAAAAACUACUAUAUAGUCAGCCCAUAGGCCAGAAUGGGAAUUGGCAGCAAUACAAAGAAGAUUUUUUUUUUUUUUUUU